CCGCGCCUGCGUCCCUCUCCCUCGCCAUCGCCGCUGCUUCCCGCAUCCCCGCAUUUUCUCCGACCAGGACGGCAGGACCUCCGAUGGGGUCUCCGAUAGACGGACAAGCUGAGGACAUGGAUGCUCAGUUUGAAACAGUUGAAGCACGAUUGCAAUCUUUCCUUAGUCAAUUCCAGUCAGAACUAGGCGUACUUGAUAGAAUCGUCCACAAAAAUAAAAACCAGCAUCGCAGAAGCUCAUAUUUCCAGUACUUGUUGAAGGUGAGAAGAGAUUGUAAGCUUCUUCAAUCAACUAACUUGGAGGAAAUUGUUAACUCCUCCUUUCUUGUCAUCAAUGGGAAUCGACCUAAGCAAAAAGUUCAGCUCUUGGAAAGUUUAAAGAGAAGAAAAUGUGAUGGUGUCAAACAUAAUUUUAUGGUUCGACUUCAGGGUGCUGCACGUUUACUUUCACAGAUGGUUGAGCCAAUGGUGAAGGCAGCUAUAGAGAUAUCUUCUUUGCUUGCUCGAUCCUUUUUUAUGGGAUUCUCCAUGACUGUGUUGGCUAUACUUGCACGCCUUCGAGUUUUAACUCAACAAAUAUUACUCGAUGUUGUUUUAGUCUUCAACAUGGGUUAG